AGGGGGCCAUGGGAGGGAGCCAGGGCCCACCAGGUCCAGAGGGCGGGGGAGGCAGCAGGGGAGCAAUUCUAGCCAGACCCUGCCAGGCAUCGCCCCCAGCGAUGAAGGACUUCACUGAAAUCACGCUGCGCCCGGAGAGGCUGGAGCAGAGCAAGACGGAGUUUUGCAAUCCCAUCUUCGAGCCGGAGAGCGAGGGGGCCGGCUGCGCACCCCCCGGCCUGCACCAGGCGGAGGGGGAGAAUGGGAGCAGCGCUGGAUCCUCCUGGGACGGCCUCGGCCAGCCGCUCUGGAGCAGGGUGGGCGGGCACCACAGGCCAGACUGCAAGUUCUCCUGGCUGUGCGCCGGGCUGCUGACCUGUGGGGGGACCCUGCAAGGCCCCGAGGGCUCCUUCAGCUCCCCCGGGUACCCCGCCCCCUACCCGCCCAACACCCUGUGCAUCUGGCGCAUCCAGGUGGCGGAGGGGCUGGCCCUGCAGCUGCACCCGCUGGUGCCUCUUUGA